AUGUUCUCAGUGGCUGAAAGUCUUGCGAACAUUUUCCUGCUUUCUGCCCUUCCCCUCCUAUGCGCGCAGAACGUCCCGACAACAUGCUAUUCAAUUGACGGUUCCAGUGGCCUUGAUUCUGGGUUUCGAUGCGACAAUACUACUACCGGUCAUAGUACUUGCUGUGCCGCGGGAGCGAUAUGUUAUUCCAAUGGUGUCUGUCAGCAGAGUAAUGGACCUGUGCAGGAUUACCUGAGGGUAGGAUGUACGGAUAAGACAUGGAAAGACCCAGCUUGUUUGGAACAAUGCACACAUUUGCGAGAAACAGAGAAGCAGGAAUCCGGUUCUGUAAUGGCGCAAUUACAUCUACAAAUCAAUACUGUUGUGACGAUGGCUCUUCCGGUGUUGGGUCUUUCGAAUGCUAUGCCAGCCCGUCAACAAUCUUCGACUUCAUCGACUUCUUCCUUUUCCACCACUACCACUUCCAGCUCGUCGAGUGCUUCCACAGCCACAGCUAGCACAACCCUCGUCUCCGCGCCCUCACAGAGCACUUCUGAAACUCCCCCACCUACCAGCACACAAACGGACGACGGCAAAAGCACCAACACGGCUGCGAUCGGUGCUGGCGUUGGCGUGCCAGUCGGCGCAAUCGCCCUUGGAUUGAUCGCAUUUCUAGCAUGGAGACAUCGCAAAAAGAAUACGCGCAAAGGUGGCCGCCUCGUUGACGACAUGGACGGUGGCUACACUCCAGCUGAUAACACUGCGAGUCCCGCACAGGAGUUGCAUAGGGUCAAUCCGGUAGCUGUUGCGACAAGGGACAGGAAAUCAUUUGAGGGAGGACUAGAAUAUAAUGGCCCAUUGCCUUCUACACGGGAGUUGGAGGAAGGGAGGGAGUAUGAUGGUUCAUCGCCUCCGAUACGGGAGUUGGAUGGUACGAGUGCGGUGCAUGAGUUGGAGGGUUCGGGCGCGCAGAAAUGGCUUUAG